AUGCCUCGACGAUCGUCGCGGGCCGCUCCGGCCUCGCCGCAAGCGCCUCGGGCGGCGCCAAAGCGACGAGCCUCGGCCAGGCUGUCCACCUCGCAAGCCGAGAUCAAGAGGGUCAAGUCCAAUGUCUCCCUGGCAGGCAGACCCGUCAAGUCCACGGCCAAGAAGAGCAAGUAUUUUGAGCCCGAGAGCUCCGUGGAGCCCGGUGCAUCACCCAGCCAGUCCGACGAGGACGAGUCCGGCUCCGCUUAUGAUGCGAAGGACUCCGAUGGGUCUUCGGAGAAUUUCUCGGUGCCGGACGAGCCCAGCGACGGCGAAGAGGCCUCCAAGAAGUCCCGCUUGAACGCGAAGCAAGCGCGCAGCGCUGCAACAGACGAGGAUGUCCUCAAGCACAAAGAGCUGUGGCGCGAGGGUGUGCGAACGGGCUUGGGACCGGGAAAGGAGGUGUUUAUUCCCAAGCCCAAGGCGCGAGACCCGGGCAAUGUCCCGUACCGCGACGAGACGCUGCAUCCGAACACCAAGCGCUUCCUGCAGGAUCUGGCGAAGAAUAACGAUCGCGGAUGGCUCAAAGGACACGACCCCGAUUACCGCGCGGCAAAGAAGGACUUUGAGACAUUCGUCGAGACCCUCACCACGAAGAUCACGGAGAAGGACAGUACAGUCCCCGAACUGCCCGUGAAAGACCUGGUAUUCCGCAUCCACCGCGACAUUCGGUUCAGCAAGAACCCUCUUCCGUACAAGAUUCAUUUCUCGGCUGCGUGGUCCCGCACGGGCAAGAAGGGCCCCUAUGCAGCAUACUAUGUCCACUUCCAGCCUGGCUCUUGUUUUGUGGGCUGCGGCCUCUGGCACCCAGAGGCUGGCCCGCUUGCAACACUCCGAGAGGACAUCGACGAGAACGCAGAUCGCUGGAAGGGGGUGCUUCGGGCGCCGGCCAUGCGCCGCGAGUUUCUGAAGGGAGUGUCCGAUGACGACGAUGCGGUCGUGAAGGUGUUUGCGGAUGCCAACAAGGAAUCGGCCCUCAAGACGAAGCCCAAGCGGUGUUCCUACCGGCAUCUUGAUUCGUAUUGUCUCUCAAUGGUCGCCGAGGCCGCCCGGGCGGUUGGUUCGUUGGUCGCAUGGUGUGUGAUCGAGGACUUCAUUGAUCACCCGACCGACACCGGCCAACCAAAUCAUUUCUGCAUCCAUUUCAACGGAGCAGCAGGGACUUCUAGCCACGACAAUGCCUCGGUGACCAACGGAACCGCUGCAGGCUCGUGGGAGAGGCGCCUGACCCCGGCCGUCCUAGACGCGUCCCACGCUGGAUCGCCCAUCCAGUCCCCUAUAGACUGGACGGAUCAUACCCUGCUUGGCGACGCAAGGCAGGAACCAGCAACACAAGGGCGGCCUCGCGAUUGGGAAUCCACAGCAUUCCCCGCUAGCCCCCAGUGCUGUCCCUCGUACUGGGUCGCGCAGUGGUGGCGGAAAACACGACCGGCGCGCGGGUGUCGGCGGGAGAGGCAACCCGUGUUUUGGAAUCAUCUCAUGGGCGACGGACCAGUAGGCUAUGAUUUCCCCGAGAGCCACGCCUGGCAAGUUUCAGCUGGGGGCGAUGGUCGGGCUCCAGCUUUGGGACGGCGUCGGACGCUGCGUCUUCGCGCCGUCUCUUCUCGUUCCAUGGGCUACGAUGCGGACAAUGAAAACAUCCAAUUGCUCCGACUCCGCAGUUUCACUCUCGGACGGCCUGUCUCGGAUACAGAGAUGCUGGCUGCGGAUGCGCAGGACCGGAUCGUCGCGCUGGUCGAGGUCAUGGAGCCUUUCGUAAGCCUGCGCCCUCCCAGUCCCGUCAGCAUUCAAGACCCUCCCACUUGUUCUCCUCUUCUCUCGUUAUACGAGAGUGAUCUAUCUGCUCCGGCUAUCUGCCUUGAAAAACUCCUCCCCCACCCCCGGCGAUUUUUUGCCCUCCUUUGA